AGGAAGAACUGCAUUUCCCAGAGGCCCACGGGGCCUGCCAUGUUUUCCCGUGCUGCUCUCCGCCAGCCGCCACACACACGCCGUCGGCGCUAUAGCAACGGUAGCUAGCCAGCCUGGCGGGAACCGAGAUAGGCCAUGUCUGGUCCAAGUGAUGAGACUGCGGGAGAUCUGCCUGUGAAAGACAUGGGUCUGAACCUCUUUGGAGUGGGAGGGUUACAAGAAAUUUCAACGGUCCGAACAGUGAAGGCUCGCCAGGCAGUGUCACGUGUCAGUCGUGAGGAACUGGAAGACAGAUUUUUGCGUUUGCAUGAUGAGAACAUUUUACUUAAACAGCAUGCCCGCAAGCAAGAGGAUAAAAUUAAAAGAAUGGCCACCAAGUUAAUACGGCUAGUUAAUGACAAGAAAAGAUAUGAGCGGGUUAGUGGCGGCCCCAAGCGGCUGGGACGAGAUGUGGAAAUGGAAGAAAUGAUUGAGCAGCUGCAAGAAAAAGUUCACGAGCUUGAAAGACAAAAUGAAGUCCUCAAAAACAGACUAAUAUCCGCCAAACAGCAACUUCAAAUCCAGGGUUGUAGACAAACCCAGUACAAUCAUGUACAGUCUCGUAUUAACACUGGGCGUAGGAAAGCAAAUGAAAAUGCAGGCUUCAAGGAAUACCCCAGGAAAGGUAUAAGAUUCCAAGAUGUAGAUGAAGCAGAAACUGUGCAGCCCAUGCUUACAAAAUAUGGCAGUAGUUUACUUGAAGAAGCCAAAGGAGAAAUAAGAAAUUUAGAAAAUGUCAUUCAGUCACAGAGAAGCCGAAUAGAAGAGUUAGAGCAGUCAGCUGAAAUCCUGAAGACUCAGCUGAGGAGAAAAGAAAAUGAAGUUGAGUUAUCACUUCUUCAACUGCGAGAACUGCAAGCUACAGAUCAAAGGUCAAAUAUUCGAGACAAUGUAGAAAUGAUUAAACUUCAUAAGCAACUAGUGGAGAAAAGCAAUGCUCUUUCAGUAAUGGAAGGAAAAUUUAUUCAGCUUCAAGAGAAGCAAAGAACUCUCAGGGUCAGCCAUGAUGCCUUGAUGGCAAAUGGAGACGAGCUAAACAUGCAGCUUAAAGAGCAGCGUUUGAAGUGCUGCAGCCUUGAGAAGCAGCUCCAGUCCAUGACAUUCUCUGAAAGAAGAAUAGAAGAGCUGCGGGAUAGAAUUAAUGAUUUAGAAAAGGAACGAGAGCUUUUAAAGGAAAACUGUGAUAAACUUUAUAACAGUGCCUUCGGGGCUGCGCAUGAAGAACAGUGGAAGUUAAAGGAGCAGCAGUUGAAAGUGCAGAUUGCUCAGCUGGAGACUGCCUUAAAGUCUGACCUAACAGACAGAACUGAAGUCCUUGACAAAUUAAGGAUGGAAAGAGACCAGAAUGAGAAGCUCAUUCAGGAGAAUAGAGAACUGCAGUUACAGUACCUGGAACAAAAGCACCAACUUGAUGAGCUUAAAAACCGCAUGAAAUUUUUCAACCAGGAGAGUGACCUCAAUGCUGAGGAACUGAGUGAAGCUCUCCUGUUUAUAAAGGCUCAAAAAGAACAAAAGAAUGGAGACCUUUUAUUUUUAGAGAAAGUAGACAGUAAAACUAAUAAAGAUCUAGACCAUGCCAUGAAAGAGCUGCAAGCAACUCAUGCAGAAACAGUACAAGAACUUGAAAAGACAAGAAACAUGCUACUUAUGCAACACAGAAUUAACAAAGAUUACCAGAUGGAAGUGGAAGCAGUGACCCAUAAGAUGGAAAAUUUGCAGCAAGAUUAUGAACUCAAAUUAGAACAAUACACUCAUCUUCUUGAUAUUAGGGCUGCGCGCAUCCAAAAGUUAGAAGCCCAAUUAAAAGAUAUUGCCUAUGGCACCAAGCAGUACAAAUUUAAAGCAGAAAUUGCGCCAGAUGACUCUGUUGAUGAAUUUGAUGAGACCAUCCACCUAGAACGAGGAGAGAAUUUAUUUGAGAUCCAUAUCAGCAAAGUAACCUUCUCUUCUGAAGUUUUGCAGGCAUCUGGUGAUAAAGAGCCUGUUACUUUCUGUACCUAUGCCUUCUAUGAUUUUGAACUGCAGACAACUCCCAUAGUGCGAGGUUUUCACCCAGAGUAUAAUUUCACCUCUCAGUAUGUUGUUCAUGUAAAUGACUUAUUUUUGCAAUAUGUUCAGAAGAACACUAUCACUCUUGAGCUCCACCAAGCCUAUAGCACAGACUAUGAAACAAUUGCAGCAUGUCAACUGAGAUUCCAUGAAAUUCUGGAGAAAAGUGGUCGAAUAUUUUGCAAAGCAAGUUUGGUUGGAACUAAAGGAGUUGUCCCAAAUUUUGGCACAGUAGAAUACUGGUUCCAGUUAAGAGUUCCCAUGGAUCAGGCAAUUCGACUUUAUCGAGAACGGGCAAAGGCUUUGGGAUAUAUAAGAUCAAAUGUUAAUGGGCCAGAGCAAAUGCAAUUGUUAAAUCACCAAGCAGCCAAAACUACUCAACCCGGUUCAACAGACCCCACGGAUGGCAACUUAAAUGAGCUUCACAUCACAGUAAGAUGCUGUAGCCACCUGCAAGCCCAAGCGAGCCACCUGCAGCCACACUCUUAUGUGGUGUACAGGUUUUUUGAUUUUGCAGACCAUGAUACAGCCAUCAUUCCCAGUAGCAAUGAUCCACAGUUUGAUGAUCACAUGUGUUUCCUAGUGCCUAUGAGUAUGGAUUUGGACCGAUACCUUAAGUCAGAGUCUCUGAGUUUUUAUGUGUUUGAUGAUAGUGAUACCCAGGAGAAUAUUUACAUAGGAAAAGUUGACGUGCCUCUGAUUUCAUUGGCACAUGACAGGUGUAUCUCAGGGAUAUUUGAGUUAUCAGAUCAUCAGAAGCAUCCUGCAGGCACCAUCCAUGUUAUAUUGAAGUGGAAAUUUGCUUACCUUCCACCAAGUGGAUCAAUAAAUAUUGAAAAGUUAGGAAACUUCAUAUGCAGAGAAGAGCCAGAAGCUCAAAAACAACCUCAAGCAUCCUCUGGUGAUCCACCUGUUGUAGCACCAAGACCUAAACCAAGACACCUAGCACCUGGGGACAAAAAGGUAUCUUUUGUAGAUACCAUGCCACAUCCAAGUUCUGAGACUUCUGAAGAUAUAAAAGAGAAUUACCUAGAGGUGGAGCACACAACAGAACUAGAAACUAAUGUGUCAGCUCUUUCACUUAUUUCCAAGGCUUCCCAAGAAAGCAGUGUGGCUAAGGUCAAAGAGAACACUGAGCAGACACAGCAAGGAAGCAAAGAUGAUGAAAGCAGUGUAGCUCAGGUCAAAGAGAACACUGAGCACAUGCAACAAGGGAAAGAAGAUAGCAUGUCUCUACUUUCUGAGGGCCAGCUUGCAGAACAAAGCGUGGCUUCCUCUGAAGAUGAAACAGAAAUAACAGAAGAACUGGAACAAGAAGAGGAAGAGGACAGAUCAGCUUCUGACAGUGAUGACUGUAUUAUUUCCAUCUCAAAGAAUACCAAAAAGCCCUCUGAGCAAAUUCGGAUUGAGAUCAUAGCUCUCAGCCUUAAUGAUUCUCGAAUAACCAUGAAUGACACUAUCCAGCGGCUAUUCAUUGAGUGCCGAUUCUACAGUCUUCCUGCUGAGGAGACGCCUGUGUCACUUCCAAAACCCAAGAGUGGACAGUGGGUCUACUACAACUAUACCAAUGUGAUCUACGUGGAUAAAGAAAACCACCAGGCAGAGAGAGACAUCCUUAAGGCUAUACUGCAGAAGCAAGAACUGCCUCUCAAAAGCAUCCGCUUCACUGUGGUCAGUGACCCUCCUGAAGAUGAGCAGGACUUGGAGUGUGAGGACAUCGGCAUUGCUCACGUCGACCUGGCCACUGUGUUUCAGAAAGGGAGAGACAUCAUCGAGCAGAACAUUGAUGUCAUGGAUGCACGAGCGGACGGCGGCAGCAUUGGUAAGCUGAAGGUAACAGUGGAAGCUCUCCAGGCCCUGUGGUCUGUCUACAAGCAACACAGAGAGGACUUGGAGGCUUGAAAGAAAUUGCUCUAGAGACCUCUCCUCCUUCUGAGAAAACGCCCACAUGAAAGCUCCUAGAUGAGACUUUCUGUAAUUACUCUGGUGUGUAUAAUCUAUAAUUCAUGGGGAGCUGAAUUUGGGUUUGAAAUGUUCAAGUUUUGUAUAGUUUUUCAUUUGUUUAUUUUUCUAUACCCUCCUUCCCAUAACUGCUGCCCCUUAGGACUUCAGUUCCCUGCAUGGGCAGCACCUUCUCAAUAAUUUAUCCCUUCAUGUAGCAUGAGAACAUCUGUUUGCAUUUUCAACAUUUUCUUGUGAGGAACUGAGAUGUAAUUCCCAUUUUUAUUUUUUAUAAGCAAAAGCAUAAAUUUUAAGAAACCUAUGAAAAAGAAAUACUUUAAUGUUAUCCCUCAUCGUCCCACUAAAUGGGAUGCCUAUGAUUAGCCUCAUUAAGAGUUUUAUACUGUGAAGAUUUUAUUAGAAGCAAUAUAUGAAAAUUACUUGGAUUAAUGUGUUAAUCUUCCUCUUUAAAAUGCUAAUAUCCAUUUUAUGCACAUUAAAGCUCAGUAUGCAUUUUCUUUGAUGCAUGCAGUUUCUAUCAAUUAAAUAUAAAGAAGGAAACUGGGCACCAACUUAUUAAAUUACUGUAUUAUUUUUGUUUUUCUUUUCUUUCCUAAAAGUUAUAAUUGUUCUUAUUUGCAUGAUACUGAUGUGUUUGUAAUGAUGAUAUAGGAUCCAAGGUGUGUACAUAAGAGUGAGGGAGGAAGGAAGGGAGGGGAGAGAGGAAACAGUUGUGGAAUUCACACUUUGAAAACUUAGAUUAUGACAUGGAAAAAAUUUUAACUAUGACUCAAAUUCUGAUAUGCUCAGUUAGACCUGAAAAGAGACUCUUUUAUCAUUCUUUAAAACUUACAUCAAGCUUAUACAGUGCCAGAGUGUAUCUGGAUAACCAGAUCCUCAAAAGCAGCUCAGAAAGUUAAUUUUAUAGCUUUGACCCAAUCUUGCUGAAGGAUUUAAUUGAUAUUUUUAAUGGAGCUGUGAAUCAAUGCUGCAAAGGAAUUGUCUCUAGAGGUCUAGGAUAUAAUGCAUUUCAUUUUUUAAUUUACUUUUUUAUUUGUCAUUUUCUUCAAAGGAUUUUUAUAGGCUGUGGGUUUUCACUGUUUGCAAACAGGCUAUGUUCCUUCUUAAGCAUAUGUAAAGUAUUCAGGGAGAUAAGUAAUUUAUUAAAAUCUACCUAAUUUGCCGUGAUAUAUUAAAUCUCUGCUUCAAUGAUCACAGACCAUUUCAUUUAGAGAAUUAGGCAUUCCCUCUUUGUGUGAUUAAAGCUCUGGAAAAUGAGUUCUUUGCUCCUAUUUGUGAACAUUCAAAGCCUGCUAAUGGCAAGAAGAUGGAAUAGAUUAUGAGACAAUUCAUUACAGUUCAGCAGGGGGAAAAGCAGCUAUAAUGCAAAAAUGCAAGUAAGAAUAUCUGCAUAUAGUUUGAACCAUCUGUGCUCUAAUGGCUUCAAUAAUGACUCUCGUCUUUAGGAGGCUUUGAAAUGACAUCCGUACAAUAUUAAUUUGUUGAUGUACAUCGUGGGACCAGUAGAGUAUGAUCUGACCACAGAAAUCUAUAAAUUCUGUCUGUGCCAUUGGGCCUCCCUGUCCUGGGGCCUGCCAUCUCCAAGGGGAAUCUUGCUCUCAUCAAACCCUGCAAAUCUUCAUAACAACUCAUUCCUCUGGAACCUUCUAGAGACCACAAACAUCUGCAGAUAGACCUCUCCAAUCCUAGUAAACAGCCACAUGUUUGUUGUCACUUAGCUGGCUCUGAACUCAUCUCUUUGGCCUCUCUUUCUAGCUUUCUUUGGCUUUAUGCAGCUACAGUGUCAUUAAGACCCAUAAUAUUCCCUGCAGUAAUUUAAAACAGCCAGAUUAUACCCUGGGAUUAACUGAGUGGUUUUUGAGACAUUUAUUGUGGUACUAUCCCAGGAGGUUUGCAUUAUUGUUUUAAAAUGUUACAUCCCAAACUAAAUACCCUUUCUACAGGGAAAAGAACUAGAUUCUGCUAUUCUCUUGAGGUCUUUAAGUGAGAAGGGGAAAUUUUUGUCAGAAAACUUCUGUGAGCUAGUCAGCUGAAUAGAAUUUUUGUAUUGGAUAAGAUUAGGGAUUUAGCCAUGUUUCACUCACGUUCCUGUUUACUAGUUCUAAAAUUUGUAGCCUCAAACUCUGGCAAAGUUUCUCAACAGCCACCUCACAUGUAGUGACUACUGAUACAUUUUGAAGGGGUAAGUCCAUAUUGAGUACUCCCAACUGGCCAUCAUUGAAUCUUUCUUGUUUUGUCAUGUGUUAAUCAGAGUUCACUGCAAAGUUCACCACCUCCAGAAUUAAAGGGUGAUGGUAUUCUCUGUGACCCGAGCACGCUAUGUUAAGGAGCUGAGGUAUUGGGCUGCCAGCCACAGGGCUAUGACAUGGAAGGUGGAAGUGUGAACGUCCAGCUCUGGGUGUAACUGUACACAGUACACUCAGCACUGUGGGCACUGUAAUGCUUUUAGUUUAUAAAUAUAAAUAGAGAUGUGAUGUGGUGUGCGGGAAAGUGUAUUUUACAUGCUUUUUGCCUACUGUAGUAGAAAUGUCAAAUUCCCAGCCACUGUCAUGAGAAGCAGUUGACAAAAAUAAGUUUUAUGGUUUACAGUGUGGUUUACAUAGAGAACAUUUCUCUUCACUCUCAGUUUCAACAUGUUUUCUAAAUUAUCAUGGUUUGUUGCCAUUUAACUUAAAUUAGUUUUUUUAAGAAUAAAUAGAGACUAUGUUUAAUCAAAUAAAGAAAGUCCACAUUGAAA